ACAAAACGUGGUGAAGGGGCGCCGCUUACUGUUGCAGGUCUGGUCUUCUGUCACGGUGCACACAGCAGGGAGGAACGAGGAACACGCAGACGAGGAUAAACUUCAAAAUAAUAGUCUUUAAUGAGGACAUCAGGACAAGACAGGGCCAGGCAGACACGGACAGGAACACCGGGGAAUAACGAGUAGACCAGACGAAAACUAACUGAACAGGCAGGAACUAAAUACACAUGACAAUCACUGAUAAUUAGACGAAAACACAGCUGAACUGAAUAAACCAAUAAUCACACUUAACAAGGACAGGAACAAGACCAAAUAUGGACACAAGAGGCGGGAACACAUGACUCACACGACAGAGGACGUGACAGUUAUGAUAUGAAGUAAUGCUUUCUAUGGUAGUAAUAAAACUCUUAGAAAACCAGUUGUAAAGAGAUACAGAAACAGAUUGUGCAGGUGUUCUUGAUGUGAGGAACCAGGACCAUUUGCCUCUGUCUCUUUCGUUUUUCUGUAAGGGGUGUGUUCGUGAGCAGAAGCAGAUUGUUUCCCGGGAAGGAAACUCAUGAACAGUGUGUGAGGCAGAUAAAGAGCGAAGAGAAAACAGCUCCGUGUUACUUUCGCCCACUAAAAUAAUAACAAUAAUAAUAUAUAAAAAAGAACCGGCCUCUCUCCGAGCAGAAUUUAGUAAAUUAAAUUUAAGUGAAGGACUAAAACACAAGAUCUUCGGCAUCAGUAUCCAGCACUUCACUUUGAACAAGUAACAGAGCGUAAUUUGCAGCCUUCCACCAUGGCAACAAAUAAUGGUUACCCAACUGACCUCCAACCACAGAAAAAUGCAAUUAAUCCCGCCCCUCCUUAUAACCAGGGUCCAGCCAUACCAGGCCAAGGUCAAGUGCCUGUGAUGCCAGUUCCACAAAGACCCGCUGGCUGCCCACCAGGACUGGAGUACCUGACACAGAUUGAUCAACUUCUUGUACAGCAGAAAGUUGAGCUGGCAGAAGUUAUAUUGGGCUGGGAGACCAAUAAUAAGUACAUAGUGAAGAACAGUAUGGGGCAACAGGUGUUCUUUGUGGCUGAGGAAAACGACUGCUGUAAUAGACAGUUCUGUGGACCACUGCGUUCAUUCGUCCUCCAUGUUCAGGAUAACAUGGGACAGGAAGUGAUGACACUCACUCGUCCUUUGAAGUGUGGAAGUUGCUGUUUUCCCUGUUGCCUGCAAGAGCUUGAAAUCCAGUCUCCACCGGGCAACCCGAUUGGAUAUGUGAUCCAGAAUUGGCAUCCUUUCCUUCCCAAGUAUACCAUACAGAAUGAGAAGAAAGAAGCAGUUCUGAAGAUCGUGGGGCCGUUCUGUUCAUGCAGAUGUUGCGCUGAUGUGAACUUUGAUGUUUUGUCCGUGGACGAAUCAACAAAGGUGGGCAGAAUCGCUAAACAAUGGACAGGUCUGGUGAGAGAAACUUUCACUGAUGCAGAUAAUUUUGGAAUCUCCUUUCCUAUGGAUCUGGACGUGAAGAUCAAAGCUGCUCUUUUUGGAGCAUGUUUUCUCAUAGACUUCAUGUUCUUUGAACACAAUAAAUAAAUUUAUUUUCUGGAUGUCAUGUUGAAUUUUUAACAUUUGAACUCCUCCUCAAGUCUCAACAUGUUAACCAUGGAUUCAAAUGUGGAUCACUCAGCUAAAAAUUAUAUUAUGCAUAUUGCAAUGUGCAUUACAUUAUAUAGAGUAUAUUCAUGCACUACUGUUCAUGAGCCACCACUAGAUGACAGCAAUUUCCUUUACAAUAAUGCUGGGAUGCUCUCGGUAUCAACAAAGUACCUGUUCAAAUGCUUUGCCAAAAAAUUAACUACAAACUAUUAAAGAGUUUUUUUUUUUUUUUUAAAUACAGUAUAAACAAACUUGUAACAAGCAAAAUGUUAACUGCUUGAUUUUGCUCCAUAUUUGUUUUUGUUUGAUUAUAAUAAAUAGUAGAAUAAAGUGUUAUAUAUCAACA